AUGCCGGUUGGCCCAAAGAAAGAUCAAGCAUUCCAUAUUGCUUGUCUGACCACUUCUCAGAGAAUCUACAGCGCCUCUAGGCUUCGACGACUGUUUCUUAUUAAGGUCGCAGAUGACCUGAUGUGGCAUGUCGCCGCCCCGGAUAUACGUCUGUUGUCAGAGGCCUUCAUUGCGGCCACAGAACGAAAGCCAUGUUCGUCAACGUCCUCGAAAUUCUCGGAUCUAUCUCCUGUAUCAUGGGGAAAGACUGAGUCGCAAAAAUCAGAAAGCCCUCCGAUAGACCAGACAGUGCCGUCAACUUCAGACACGCAGCCUGGAUCGAGUCCAAGAGCCGUAUCUAAUAUGCUUAGCCAGUUACGCGAUGGCGAAUUGCUCCCACGAAACACGAUACAACAGUCUACGAUGGAAACAUUUUCAGUCUACCAGAACCAAACUGCAAAACGCAAACAGGAAGAAAGUGACAGCUUCGACGAUACCUCAACCGACGAGAGACCGAAGAAACAUUCCAAGAGCGACCGCGAUGACGGUGACGGCGACGGCGACGAGGAUGACGAAGACUCCAGUAUUCCGACUGCGUGGAUGUCGCCAUCAAGCGAUGCCAGAAGCAAUAGACCUGAAUUCAUGUACCUCCCUCACAGUGUGCACCAAAAAAUUAUCGACAAACUUGCGUUACUGGAUGUAAUCCACCUUGGCCUCACAUCUCGCUACUUUUUGAGGCUGCUUGCAAAGCAUCUCCAGUCGAUGACCACCACCACCUUGGGCCAGUGGGCAGGGCAGAGUAUUAUAUGCCUUGGGGAUGAGACCGCCGACAACGACUUCCCUCCCACGGUAUAUCAAGAGCCUACACUUCAAGUGACCUUCGGCCCAGAAUUAGACAAAUCAGCCGAUAUGGAUCACCCAACCCUGCUCGAGUAUGUUCGUGGCUGCGACUCUGCCCCUGCGCCGUUUAUUCCCACCUUGGCAGACUGUGGGUUUCUCAGUUCCAAAGGGUUUGACGAGGAAUUUUACAAUCUACCAGUUACCCUUAUAGGCGAGAUGAUUGAUCGACUCUGUCCGGCGAUGAGUGACUUUUACCCCGAAAAUGUUGACUGGGUGCUCCGAAACCUCACAACUAAUGAGUAUGUCCUCACGGAAGCUAUAUCUUUGAGGAAGCAGGAUAGACACGGCCCACAAAACGACUAUGUAGGGUUUGGAGAUGCAAUUUUGAUACGUGCCUGUUGGUCAACCAAGCCUCCUCUAGGGCUCAAGAUCGCCAAGGGUAUGCCAAUCCAUCGGGGCGUGUGGGCUGGGCAUCGACUCGAAAUUAUACCGCUGAGUGACCACCGUCGAGAAAUGAUAGCGCAAACGCAGGAGAACCGAUUACGACAUGAGCGAGGGGAGUCGGUUGAGAAGUGCUGGAAAGAUGUUACUUCUGAGGUAAGAGAUGAGGUCGGAAGCCUGUGGUCGCGUGAGUGUGGCCGUCACUGGAAGACUAUUUUGUUUCGACGGACUAUUAAGUGA